AUGGGUAAGGAACAUGUCAUUGAAGAUGCAUACAUGAUUGAUGAACUGAGCAGUGGAGACGAUGAUGACAAUUUUGAUGAAAUGCCAUGUGUAAUCAGAUUCAAUGUAGAGGAUUAUCUAAGUAAGGAUUUUGUUUUCAAGGUUAGAAUAGAGUUUUGUACAUUGAAGCAGUUCAAAGAUGUUAUAUUAGAGCAUAAUGUUUGA